AUGGAAAUGGCUCUCAUCGAAAGAGAAAAAGGAAAUAGACUGGAAUACAGGAACUUGAAAUAUGGUCUCGCAUGCCACGAAAACCAAAAAAAGAUUAAAAGGUUUUUGAGAUCAGCUGUAGAAGAGGAAUCGUUUGCAGAUGUAACUGAGAUAUUCAAAUCUGUAGCUAAAAAUCACAACGCCAAUGUCCUUUUCACGUUUCUCAGAGAGAAUUGGGAGCAGAUCUAUGGAAGGUUCCAAAACAAUAGCAAAGAACUGUAUGCUGUUGUUGAAGCAGGUCUUUCGAGAACACACACGAAAUCUGAUAUUCGGAAGUUUCCAUCUCAAAACGAAUUCAGCAAUUCUAAGCACUAUUCUGACGGUAACGGGUAG